AUGUCCACCGAUCUUCCCACGACUACCGCUAUACAAAAAUAUGAGCCCUUCUCGAAGAACCCCUUCACAAAUUCCCUCCUAAAGGACCGCUCCUACACCCACCAUACACGAGAUCCAACCCCCAAUCUAGACCCCAACACCGCAACCACAACCCCAACCUCCUGGCAAGAAAUGCAAGACGGAAACCCGUUCUUCCGCGUAACAUGCUGCUGCAGCAGCGCGGUGCAAGCUACACUCUUCCUCUCGCGAACUCCAACCCAAUCCCGAACACCAUCAACCGAGGCAGAGGCAGAAGCAGAAGCAGAAGGCCACCUCCUCCUGCACGUCGGGCCCGGCAUAACAGGGCAAACGGGGAUCGCACACGGCGGGUUCCUAGCGACGGCUCUGGACGAGGUGUGCGGGAAUCUAGUCGCGGUCGCGGGGUUGGAUGGCGGGUGCGGGAUGUUCACGGCUCAGCUGGGUGUGGUGUAUAGACGGCCUGUUUUUGUACCUGAGGGGGGGACGGUGAUUGUUGCCACGGCGAGAGUGGUGGGGGUUGAGGGGCGGAAGGUGUUUAUUGAGGGGGUUGUUAGGGAUGGGGAUGGGGUUGUCUGUACAACUGCGGAGGCGGUGUUUGUGAGAAAGAGGGCGGGGGAUUCGGCUGUUUUGUGA